GAUUAGUUUGUCAGUCUUAAUGACAUUUUAAGAGAAAGUUAAUAUUUUUCUGUAUGUUUUUUUCUUUAUUUAUCAAAUGAAUCAGCUCAGCGGCAAAUAUGUUAAUGUGGUACUGUCGGUUGGUGAUGGAAAGAGUAUGGAUUUUGUCAAACACCCCAUACAUAUCGAAGCAAAUUUUAAUGGAAGAAUUCUAGAGUCAGACAAGUUAGUACCAGAAGAAUCGAUAUCCUUCAACACUGAACUGAUUUGGGAAGCUGAUAAAAAGGAACUAAGAAAAUUGAGGAGCUCUAAUCAACCUCUAAGAGUCGAAUGCAUUUCCGUAGAUCCCCAAAACAGACGUGACAGAAUUGGCUUCGUUCUGAUGAGCUUGAGGAGUGCCCAAGUUAUAUCACUGAAAGAUGCCAAGACCCCAGUUAACUUCAAAUGGUGUAAGCUCAUUGGUUGUCAGGCUGACAAGAAGAAACACCAUCCAGAAUUAUACUUAGGGAUCAGUAUUAGAGAUCAUAUGUUGAAUGAUCAUGAGGAGGAAGUGCUUGAAGAUAUGCCACUGAUAUCCGAAGGAGAACCUAACCAAAUAACGGAAGACGCUGAAUUUUCUUCCGAAUUUCCUUUGAAAUAUUUGGAGGAUGGGUUUAUACAAAUUGGAGAUGAAGAAGACGAAUACGAGUCGUUUUCUUUGAACCUGCUAGUAAAAGAAGCUAGAAACUUGGACGCAUUGCUUCCAGAAGCAUUGGUUUUUCGCCAAGCUCCUGACAAAUACCACCUCACCUUUAAAAUUUUCGGCGUCACCAUCAAGACCAAACCGUUUUACAAGCAACUACAAGGCAUCAUCUAUAUGAACGAGAAAGUGGUGAUCAGGAUCCUAUCCAGCGAACAGACGCUGUUCGAGUUUUUCAAGACGCAGAACAUCGGUAUCAUUCUGUUCCACGGGCACGAACUCCUCGGUUUUACCGAGAUUGAACUGAGCGACGUGACAUUCGAAGAGACUGAGGGCAAAUGUUUGUUUAAACUGCCGCCUCCUAGUGACGUGGUGCCGUUUGGUGGUGACGACGCUUUGCCUUACAUCGAAGUAGUGACGUGGGUGAAAAGAAGUCAGAUCGAGAGGGUUAAAAAAGUCGUUUCCGAAGAAAAAAUACCCACCAAAGUGGUAAUGUCAAACUUGGACAAAGCCAUCUUUGCCAGGGGCGGGGGUGACUACGCCUGCGACUACGCUUCCGACACCGUCGAUAACAUGGAGAUGAAAAUUAGAAGCGAAUGCCGAGUUCUAGAUGACGACACUUAUGACGUCACCGGCACGAAAUCAGCGGAAACUGUCAUUAAAAACGUUCCGAUGUCGCCGAGACCGGUGAAGAAGUACGACGUUUUGGGGGACUACGUCAGGAACGUACUGCACGUGUCUUUGCAGAAUUUCGUUUGGAGGGUAGCGGCGAAGGAUAGAAUUGUGAUGUUUAAGUUUCUGCAUCCCAGGGCUUCAAAUGGCAUCACCAUAUUUACCCAAAUCAGUAAUGAGGCAGGUGUGACAACCGAUUUGAAGAAUAUUGGUGCAAAGCUAAGUUACGUCUCUACUGACACUCAAAUCGAAAAUAUCCUAAACGCCUGGCCACCAAAACUGGUACUUACUGACGAGAAAGAGAGAUUACUGAGUGAAGAGUACGAAUUUGACGUCUCCAAAUUUUUGGGCGGGUUCUCCAAACUCUACAAGUACACUGCUGACUUGAAGGCUAUUAGAACCUUUCAGCCUUUAGCUCGUGUAGAAGUCACUUUAAAUCUGGAAGAUGCUGCUUUUAAUCUGGACGAUACAGAUUUUCAUUUAAACCCUCCCAUUAUCGAUGAAGUGUUAACACUGAAAGAAAUAUCCGACAUCGAAACUUGGAAGAAAACACAGAAAGAACUUUUCAACUGCAGUUUGGAAGAUUUUAAAGAAUCUGAAGCAAAGAAACUCGAAACAACAUGGCAAGAAAAGAAAAUAGAUAUCGAAAUGAAAUUAGACGCUCAGAUGAACAAGUGUAAACAUUUACAGGAAGAACUCCAAAAUAAACUUGACAGUAUCAAGACAGAAAAAUAUUUAACAAGAACCAGAAACCAGGCGAAUAUAUUUUCGGAAAUUUUCAAUGAGAAUUGGGACAAGUACUGCUGUGCUGAUACCAAAGAGUUGAUAGAACUUCUAAGCAAAACUCAAAGAGAUAACGAGUACCUUAAGAAGUUGGUGGCAGACCAAAGAGAUAAACUGCGAAGUUUCGAGAAAACUGCAUUGACCAAAGGUCAAACUGUUGCUCUUUUACAAGAACUGAAAGAGUUGGAGAAGGGUUAUGCAGAGGUGCAAAAUGCGAAAGAGUAUUUCAAAACUCAGUGGAAACAAGCUUGUGACGAGAUUCACGAGCUCAAGACAGAAGAAUACAAGAAAAUUCAGCUGGAAAUAAAGAAGAGCAAAGAAGAACUUGGAGAGUUUAAUUUAAAUAAUGAGGAAGAAAUUGAUGUGAUCAAUAAAUUGCUGGCUUUGAAUGAAGAACACGAUGAUGUUUUCGGAUGAUUCUAAUAAGAUUUCUAUAUACUCGAUUUUUAUUUCGUUUAUUAUUAUAAUAAAAACUAUUUUACA